AGUGACAGAUGGUAAUUCGAUCGCGAUCGCCUUAUCGCAGUGCACCAGCAGUGACUAAAUCAUAUCCUCCGCAACCCAUAUUUCUAACUUUUCAGCCAGCCCUUAAACAUGGAAGAGGAAGACGGCAUCUGAAGCCUUGCCUUGGCCGUUUGAUUCCUGCUACAGCUAUCGUCUGGGGCUGUAGAAAGUGACGUGUUAGGCGUGGGGGCCCGACAACAUCUCCACAACGAUUAACGUAAAACUAAUACACCGUCCACAGGGGAUAUGAAACCAAACGAGAGUCUACACCCCUUUGUUGCUAAUACCUAAUAACUGGUUCUUCGUGUGUAUUCUCUUUGAAUGUUUCUGUCGGCUCGUGAAAUUGCGUUAACGAGACAUGAACUCUAGGGGAAUGGCGCCAAGCGAAAACAGAGAGAAUGGUGUUUCGAACGGAGCGAGUAAUAGUGCUUGGAACAGAGAACAUGACUCAACCGAAAGCUCGACCAUCGACAGUCUUCUACAGACUAGGGUAGAUGCUUCACUCUAUAGACCAGACAUAAAUACGAUUCGACAGGACAGCUUUAAGCGAAGCAGGCAAGCCAUGGCGGCCAUUGAUCCAGGGCUUACAAGACAGAUACUACAUGAGAGUAAUGCAUUGGAUAAACAAGAGAAAGCAGCUAUACUAAUACAGUCUCAAGUUCGCGGGUAUUUGGCCCGCAAACAGUAUGUGGAUUUACUAUUUGAGCAAUAUGAAAAGGAAGAGGAAGAAAGGCUGGCAAAAUCUCGGCAACAAGUAGAAGAGGGAGAAUUACUUGUUGAAAAUUACAAGUUAUCGACUGAAAUGAUUGAAAACUCAUGUACGAGAAGGAAUCUUCAGAGAAGAUUAGAGUGCAGUGUAAUUACGAUACAACGUGCUUGGAGGAGACAUCGGCUCCAGAUAGCUCAACGCGGUGCUGCAGAUUAUUACAAACCGCCAACAAUAGCCAUUGAUAGUGAUGAUCCUUCGUUCAGCAUCCACACAAAUCCUUUUGAGAAAAUGCAGAGUCGUCAUGUUUACAGUGACGAGGAGGAGCAUGACCAAUCAGAUGACAUCUUUAAUGACAGUUUAGAGGAUAUCGCUUGUGAUGCUGUUGAUGAUGAAUCUGAUGAUGAUGGGGUCCUUGGUGUAAAUUCUGUCAGCUCUCCGUCAGAGUUGCCCUCACCAACCACUGACUGGGAAUCUAUUGAGUCUUGCUUGACUUCUGAGGGGGAAAAUCCAGAUAAAGAGACCACAGAGGACUCUGACAAAAGGUUCACUGACUUCUCAUUGAAGGCUCAGGACCUUCAGAUUUGCUUUGUUGACGAUACUCUCCUCACAGAUGAGGAAGAGCAUGACGAAGAUGGGUAUAAUAUCAAGGAGUAUGUGAUUGACCCGUCACAUGACGUUUCUGACGAAGAAAAAAGGGACUCCGGAUGCGUUGCAGGAGAUGAUGAUGAUAAGGAAUCAUUUUGUAUAAAGACUGUGCAUCCGGAUGACUUAAUUUCACGGAAAAUCAGUAAUGAAGAGUCACAGCAUAUACUUCUUGAGUUAACCAGACACGAAGUGAAUCUUGAACGCCAGCAGACGAUGCAAGGAUGGACAAUAGAAAAGCUUAAUGAACUUACACUUGAGGAGAUAAAAUCCCUAAGAAAGAACUUUGAACAGUUGAUACAAGCUCAAAAUGAGAUGCUUGUCCGUGAACUGAUGAUGAGGGAUGCCCUGCACCUUAAACAGGAUUCCAUGCUUCUAGAGGUGGAAGAUUCAACCAAAUUAGCCCAAGCACAGUACCAGCAGAUGAGCAAAAGUAUUAAGAGAUAGCUUCUACCGGAGCUUGUUAUUCACACUGUUGGAUAUUGUUAGGUUUCUGUUAUGAGUUAUAUACCUACCCUAUUAAUAGUCUUGUGCAUGACUUCUAUUUCUCACAGACACCCAUAUAUAUGCAGGAUCAUAAAAUAAUAUUAUAAAUCCUCCUUGGUUAUAUUAAGUAUCUGAUUUUAGCGUCUAAUCCUCGAUACAUGAACCAUAUUUGAAAAAUAUAUAACAUGCAUAGCCAUUACAAUGAAAGACUGUUGUUCCAUUUUCAGCGAGAAUGCCUCCACAUAGCUAGUAACAUUACUGCCCCAAGCAUAUAUACUACAACUACUUUUUUUGCUUAUGAUAUUUCUUUACUUAUUGAAGUCAGUGCUCUAGUUGAAAACUUUUCAUGAUGCCCAGUUUCCUCAUGUGCAAACCAUAGUCUGUAUUUAUUGCAAAUAUAGCGCAGGGUGGCGUAUAAGAACGUCUUGUUGAUUCAACUAGUUUCUGAUGCUAUAAGUAGAAUAUCAAACAUUUUAUCUGUUAAUUACAACAGAAUUUGGUGCUCACUGCUGGAGAGAGUUUCAGUUAAACAAAACGUCAGUUAAAACAAAGAAAAAGCCUCCUCUCCUGACCCCUCAAAAUGGGAAGGGAUACUCGACAAAUUAUUUCUUGGCUAUGUUUGCUGGGGUAACAUUAUCUAAAAUCCCUUUUGUUAAUAUUCAUUGUAUUUGUUAAUUAAUAUACAGUAGGUAGUCAGAUUUAAAGCAUAUUGAUUUUUGUAACACUACUACCUAAUGUAAGUUAUAUGAUUUCUCGUUUUUAUAAAGACCGGGUGGAAAGGACCAUCUAGAGUAUUCUGAUAUUUUUUUACCCUUUUUUGGCUGAAUUUUCAAAACUAUAAAUAUGUAUGAGCAUAAUCAACAUAGAAUUAAGUGUUAUGUUUGUAUCAAAGUUCACAUAAUACUUAUUUAAUUCACUAACAAGCCUGGUUCACCCUGACUACCAGACACUUUUAGACUAAUUAAGUUUUAGAGUUUGACGACUUCUUGGGUUGCAAAUUCAAGCGAAAAUAAACACAGAAAUGAGUACAGCUGUACCACCAGGGGGCAACGAAAAAAAAAAUAGAUAUUAAGAUAAAAAUAAGCUGGCUCACUCCCAAUAAGUGUAGUUCUUUUCAUGAUAGUCAAUCCGUGACAAAAAUGCUGAAAACCCCUACCAAUAUCCACACCCCUUAUAGAGAAGGGCGCUCUUGGAUCAACAGACUACACCAUAUCUUCAAAAUCUCACCACCCCCACCGUCCCCCCCCCCCCCCCCCCCCCAGAUCAAUGUUGUUUCAAAGCACUUGCGUCCCAGCCAACAUUGAUUCGGGGGGAGGGGGGGAAAUUGCCUUUUUCACAGAAAUGAUUUUGCAAGUGGUCAAAAAGUCUCAGCUGUUAUUGUCACGGAUUGGUUCUAUGGCGCACCCGCCGGGCUUUGGGAUUAUUGGUGGGCUUUUAUUUUUGUAUGCUAAUUAGAUUAUAUCUAAUUAAUUACUUGAUUGUGUAAAUAUAGUCUUCAUUGCAGUCGUUCGUGUUUGUCUGUCUCGAAAGCGCUUUGACAAACGCGGAGACUUAUGUAAAUAAUGCUAUCUGUAAAAAUCAUGGAUAUGUUGGCAAUAAAAGGUUAGAACAUU